AUGGGUUCGCGUAGUCCGCCGAAGAAGAGCUCCUCGUCCUCGAGCGGCCGUCCGCCGACGGUGAAGUUCGCCCGCCGGACGUCGAGCGGCCGGAUAGUGAGCCUCUCCCGGGACGACGAGCUCGAGCUGGGCCUCUCCGGCGAGUUCGCUCCCAACUCCGAUCCCAACGAUUACAUCAACUACACCGUCCUCAUGCCGCCCACCCCCGAUAACCAACCCUCCGAGGGGAAGCCCGACGACCUCCCUCUGCCGCCGUACGGCCCCAACGCAAAGCGCGGCGGUGGCGGCCAAGGAACCACGAAGCUUGAUCGGACGGUAUCUGUGAUCAAGCCCAAUAGGUCGAUGUUGCUGAGGAGCCAGACGGGGGACUUCGACCACAACCGCUGGCUGUUCGAGACUUCGGGAACCUACGGGAUCGGGAACGCCUUCUGGGCUCCCGGCGGUGGCGGCGGAGGCGGAGGAGGGGACGGGUACGAGGACGACGAGGGGACGGGAGUGAGUAUGUCCGACUUCAUGGACAAGCCGUGGAAGCCGCUCACCAGGAAGAUAAAGAUCCCCUCGGGGAUCCUUAGCCCUUACAGGCUUCUGGUGGUGUUCCGGUUGGUGGCACUCGCGCUGUUCCUGUCAUGGCGGGUGAGGAACCCUAACCCGGACGCGAUGUGGCUCUGGGGGACAUCCAUCGUGUGCGAGGUCUGGUUCGCUUUCUCAUGGGUGCUGGACCAGCUCCCCAAGCUCAAUCCAAUCAACCGGGCGACCGACCUGGCAGCGCUGCGGGACAAGUUCGAGACGCCGUCGCCGUCGAACCCCCAUGGCCGCUCCGACCUGCCGGGCGUAGACCUCUUCAUCUCCACGGCCGACCCGGAGAAGGAGCCCCCCUUGGUGACCGCCAACACCGUCCUCUCCAUCCUCGCCACCGAGUACCCCGUAGAGAAGCUCGCCUGCUACAUCUCAGACGACGGCGGUGCCCUCCUCACCUUCGAGGCCAUGGCGGAGGCGGCGGCCUUCGCGGAGGUGUGGGUGCCCUUCUGCCGCAAGCACAACAUCGAGCCGCGCAACCCCGACAGCUACUUCUCCCAGAAGGGCGACCCGACCAAGAACAAGAAGAGGCAGGACUUCGUGAAGGACCGCCGGUGGAUAAAGAGGGAGUACGACGAGUUCAAGGUCCGGAUAAACGGGCUGCCGGACACGAUCCAGCGGCGAUCGGACGCGAUCAACGCGAGGGAGGAGAUGAGGGAGGUGAAGCUGGCGAAGGAGAAGGGCGGCGGCGGGCCCGAAGCGGCGGAGGGGAUCAAGGUGGCGAAGGCCACCUGGAUGGCCGACGGCACCCACUGGCCAGGAACCUGGAGAGCCCACUCCGCCGAUCACUCCAAGGGCGACCACGCCGGCAUUCUCCAGGUGAUGCUGAAGGUCCCCGAGAACGACCCUGUCUACGGCGGCCAUGAGGAUAACAAGUACAUGGACUUCUCCGACGUCGACGUGAGGCUGCCGAUGUUCGUCUACGUCUCAAGGGAGAAACGGCCGGGGUACGACCAUAACAAGAAGGCCGGCGCCAUGAACGCGUUGGUACGGGCCUCCGCCAUCCUCUCCAACGGGCCCUUCAUCCUCAACCUCGACUGCGACCACUACAUCUACAACUCGCAGGCCAUCCGCGAGGGGAUGUGCUUCAUGAUGGACCGCGGCGGCGACCGCAUCUGCUACAUCCAGUUCCCGCAGAGGUUCGAAGGGAUCGACCCCUCCGACCGCUACGCUAACCACAACACCGUCUUCUUCGACGGCAACAUGCGCGCCCUCGACGGCCUCCAGGGCCCCGUCUACGUCGGCACCGGCUGCCUCUUCCGCCGCUACGCGCUCUACGGCUUCAACCCGCCGCGGGCCUUCGAGUACGCGGGGCUCUAUGGGCAGUACAAGAGCCCCGCCGCCAAGGCCUCGGCGGCCGGCGCCGGCGACGACCCGGAAGCUCGGCCGCUCACGGUGCACCCAGACCUGGACCUGCCCAAGAAGUUCGGCAACUCUACCAUGCUGGUGGAGUCCAUCCCCAUUGCUGAGUUCCAGGGCCGCCCGCUGGCGGACCAUCCCGCCGUCAAGAACGGCCGCCCCCCCGGCGCUCUCCUCGUGCCGCGGCCGCCUCUCGACGCCCCCACCGUCGCCGAAGCCGUCUCCGUCAUUUCUUGCUGGCAAGUCAUCUCUCACCACCCACAUCGUUCGUUGAUCAAGACAUUAUCAUUCUUCCUUGAGCACUCUCCAAUUCAAAAACAGAAUCAUCGUAUAGAUAGAUUAGAUGAUCGUAUGGACUGAUGUAGAGUCAGAAUGCUUCAUGAAAUUGUUCAAUUUUCCCAAUAUGUGAAGUUCUGUGAGGAUAACAUUCCGUGGAAAUAAAUCUAUAACAACAGCGAAGAAAUGACACAUCGCCGACGAUCACCGGCGUCAUCGGCGUGUGCUGCUGCAGGUACGAGGAUAAGACGGAAUGGGGGAGCCGGAUCGGGUGGAUCUACGGGUCGGUGACGGAGGACGUGGUGACGGGGUACCGGAUGCACAACCGGGGGUGGCGGUCGGUCUACUGCAUCACCAAGCGCGACGCCUUCCGGGGGACGGCGCCGAUCAACCUCACCGACCGCCUCCACCAGGUGCUCCGGUGGGCAACCGGCUCUGUCGAGAUCUUCUUCUCCCGGAACAACGCCCUCCUCGGCAGCCGGAGGCUCAAGUUCCUGCAGCGGGUGGCGUACCUCAACGUCGGCAUCUACCCUUUUACCUCUGUGUUCCUCAUUAUGUACUGCUUCCUGCCGGCCUUGUCCCUCUUCUCUGGCCACUUCAUCGUCCAGACGCUCAACGUCACCUUCCUCGUGUACCUCCUAAUCAUCACGGUGACCCUUACCCUCCUCUCCCUGCUCGAGGUCAAGUGGUCCGGGGUGGCCCUCGAAGAGUGGUGGCGCAACGAACAGUUCUGGCUCAUCGGCGGCACCAGCGCCCACCUCGCCGCCGUCAUCCAGGGCCUCCUCAAGGUCAUCGCCGGCAUCGAGAUCUCCUUCACCCUCACCUCCAAGUCCGCCGCCGAGGACGAGGACGACAUCUACGCCGACCUCUAUGUGGUCAAGUGGACCAGCCUCUUUAUUCCCCCCAUCGUCAUCAUCGUCGUUAACGUCGUCGCCAUCGUCAUCGGCUUCUCCAGGACGGUCUACAGCGAGAUCCCCCAGUGGAGCAAGCUUCUCGGAGGGGUCUUCUUCAGCUUCUGGGUGCUGGCACACAUGUACCCCUUCGCCAAGGGUCUCAUGGGGAGAAGGGGGAGGAUGCCCACCAUCGUCUACGUCUGGUGGGGCCUCAUCGCCAUCACUGUCUCCCUCCUCUGGAUCACCAUUAGCCCGCCAAGCGACAAUGAGACCACGUCCGGAUAG